AAAUCAAAUCAACUUAUUAGUUCAAAGACAAUAAAGAGUACAAGAAGAAGAGAUGACAUCUCAACAUUUCUCCUCCUCCGCCUCCUUCCUCCUCCUCGCCGUCUCUCUAUUAUCCGCCGCCGCACUCUUCCGCCUCUCCUCCGCCGACAUCGGCACCGCUUCCCACUACCGCGCCCCUUACCUACCGACGGCGUGCUACGGCAACGAGGCGGCGCAGUUCCCUUCGAGCAACCUGUUCGCGGCGGCGGGGGAAGGGGUGUGGGACAACGGGGCGUCGUGCGGCCGCCAGUACGUGGUCCGCUGCAUCAGCGCCGUCGCCCCGCGGACCUGCAUUCCCGGUCAGACCAUUCGGGUCCGGGUCGUGGACCGGGCCCUCUCCUCCGUCACGCGGCCGUCGAGGGGCGGCACCACCCUCGUGCUCUCCACCUCCGCCUUCGCCGCCAUCGCCAACGGCUCCCCCGGCGCCAUCAACAUCGAGUAUCAGCAGUGA